AUGGCUUUUAGUGAUAUGGCUAGCAGCUCCGCCAAUGGGAAAACUUUUAUUGAUAGCCUGAUUAAGUUCAUGAUGACCUACGGCUUUGAUGGAAUGGAUAUGGACUGGGAAUACCCCAGUGCUGACGACCGUGGCGGCCACCCUGAAGACUCAGCCAACCAUGUCCUCUUAUUUAAAGACAUCAAAGCAGCCUUCGGGAGUAAAUAUGGCUACUCCAUUACACUCCCAGCAUCCUACUGGUACCUUCAGCACUUCGACCUAGCCGGCCACCAACCAUAUGUCGAUUGGUUCAAUAUCAUGUCCUACGAUCUUCACGGAGUAUGGGAUGCGGCAUCGAAAUUCAUUGGUCCCUAUCUGGCGACGCAUACUAACAUUACCGAAAUCGACCUGGGGAUGGAGCUCCUCUGGCGAGCAGGGGUCAAGCCUGAGAAGGUCAUCCUGGGCCAAGGCUAUUACUGA